CCUAAACCGGCAAGGACAAGCGUGAUCAGCUGUCCGCCCUUCCCGUCCGCUACAUUCACAAGCACGACUGACAGUCCUGGGGACGUCGUCCAUCCUUUAUCCCCUCCUGCUCCCGCCACGACCGCAUCCAACAUGCCUUCCGUCCUCCAACGCCACCCGCGAUACUCGCUCUUUGUCCUGCUGGUUCUCUCAGGCACCCUCUACAUGCUUGCGACGGACAGCCUAUGGGGCUAUGGCUCGCCGCACGUUGUAACAUACGACCCCAGUCUGAGCUCCCGAAUAGCCAAGUCCGAGAUGAUCUACGAGCGGAUGCUGAAGAAACGACAACAGCUCAUCGAGCGGUUUGGGCCGUCCCCAAAAGACAUCGCCACCUUUCCUCCUAAUGAGGAGCCCUGGCCGGCGUAUACAGUGUGGGACUUCUUCCCGCCGGCAUUCAACUGCCCCCAUGAGCUGGAGCGAAUAGGCGACAUGGGGGAUGGCGGGAAAUGGACGUGCGGAUUGUCGAGGGUCGAGCAGAACCCGGACUGCAUCGUCUACUCCAUAGGAAUAAACUACGAGUCUUCGUUCGAGGCAGAACUCUUAUCGCGGACGCGGCACUGCCAAGUAUGGGGCUACGACUUCACCGUCUCUUCGUUCGGCCCCCAGAUCCCCAAGUCGCUGCGCAGCAGGGCGCAUUUCCAUCCCUACCGCCUCGCGGGCACCGAUGCCAACGAAGACGCACAGUACACGCUCGAGGCACUCAUGCAGAUGAACGGCCACACGCACAUCGACAUCCUGAAAAUCGACAUCGAGAGCUGGGAGUUCGAGACGCUCGCAGCGCUGAUUAAGCCGUACGUCGCCUCGGGCAAGCCCCUCCCCUUCGGCCAGCUGCAGCUCGAGAUCCACCUCUGGGGGAAGAAGUUCAGCGAGUUCCUCGCGUGGUGGACGAUACUCGAGGAGGCGGGGCUCCGGCCGUUCAUGACCGAGCCGAAUUUGGUCUACCAAAAUUAUAACAAGGAGAGUAACACCGAGUUGGCUGAGUACUCCUUCCUCAACGUCAAGGGCGACAAUAUAUUCAUCUCCGACCCGCCUGUCCUUCAAUCUGUGCCGAAUCCGGCCAAGAUCCGCCGCGAAGGAUCCUAAAUUAUUACCCCCCUUUUGGAUUCCUCUACUUGCUAUCCCCUCGCACAUUAUUACUCAUUCUCAUACCCUCACCCACUGCACAGCCUUCCCUUGACUACUUGUGUGUAUCAAACGCUCAGUCGUUCGCUGUACAUACUCUCCUGCACACUCCCUCCACACUUCAGUAGAAUAGCUACUAAUGGACUAGAAUAUAUGUAACAUGUAUCUUGCACACUUAUCUAUCUAUGG